ACAUUACAAACAACAUACACUCCUAAGUCCUACCUCUUGUUCCAGAAUCACCGCCUUCACAGCGACAAUGCUUCUUUCUCUGAAACUUAUUAGCUUUCGAUCUUCAUCAAGUAGCUAUCUUUCCUUCUAAACCCUUCAUUUUCAGGUAGCUCUAACCCUGUUUUUAGCUUUGUUGCAUUCAAAAUCACAUGUGGGGUGUUCUUCAUUCUGUGGCGUUUUGAGAUUGUUGGGAAAGCGUAAGUGAGUGUGUAGUUUCAGGGCAGAAUGGCCACUGAGGCAAGUUUAAGGGAGAGGCUUAAAAAGAGACCUAAACUUGUGGUGAACACUUUUACUAGAGGUAGAAAGGGUGAGAGUUCUUUUGGAAAAGAUGGGCUGCGUGAUAGAGAAAAUGGGUCUAAGUGGAAGUCGAAGAAAAGGGUAGAAUCGAGAGGCGGGCAAUCAGGGGGAGAAUGGAGUGGAAGGGAGGUUGGUGAGAGAGGAAAGUUCAGAAGUUUGGAUUCUUCUGGGUGGAAGAAGAGGGUGUAUGCUAAGGAAGGAAUGGGAGAAAGGGAUGGGGUUCGUGAUCGAGAAAAUGGGUCUAGGUGGAAGUCGAAGAAAAGGGUAGAAUCGAGAGGAGGGCAAUCGGGGGGAGAAUGGAGUGGAAGGGAGUUUGGUGAGAGAGGAAAGUGGAGGUCGAACGAAAAGGUAGAAUGGAAAGGAGUGCAAUCGGGGGGAGAACGGCGUGAAAGGGAGUUUGGUGAGAGAGGAAAGUUCAGAACUUCCGAUUCUUCUGGGAGGGAGAAGAGGGUAUAUAGUAAGGAAGGAAUGGGUGAACAUGGGAAGAGAACUGUGUUUAACAAAUGGGAGAAGCAUGUCAAAGAUAAACCUGUUGAAGGAAAUACAAACCGCCGUACAAUGUGGGUUGCUGAUAAAUCAAGGGAUGCUGGCUCCAAAACCAAGCUUCCUACUCCCUAUGUGAAGGAGAAUAAGGAAAGUGUUGUAUUGGUUACUGCUCAGCAUAAAACCAAGGCAAAGGAGUUGGGUAGAGUGGAAUUUAUUGAGACAGAUGAUGAUCAUGGGAGUGGUUUAGUGAAGAAAAAUAGAGAUAAGAUGUCUGAAUUUAGCAAAGGGAAAAGCCAUGAAGUUGAAUCUCCUUCAAAUUCUGCCAAGAAGAAAAAUGCCGGAAAUAAACAAGGGUUGGAAGAUGAUGCUGAGAGACAAGAUGGUCGCCCAAAGAAGAAGAAAAAGGUGAUGAGGCUUGAUCCACGUGACAUCUCAAACAAGAGACUAGAUGAUACCAUUGAUGUUAACGGAAGUACAGAAAAGGAGAAAGAGGAUUCUGAGGAAGAGCCCAAAAUGUCGUGGAAUGCCCAGUUCCGCGCAAUACAGCCUAGCCCUUCAAUACUGUCCUUUGUGGAAAAUAAUCUGUUGGGCAGGAGACGAUUGAUUGACAUAAAAAGGGCAGGCUACAAUAUUGAUCUUUCUGCACCAUUAGAUAAUAUUCCCAACUCUAGCUGCUCAGAAAGAGGGAGGAUUGAAGAAAAUGUUUUUAGGAACAAAUUAGAUUUUUUUGCUGCUGCUAAGGUGUCAUCGUCCUUUCCACCUCCUGAUCUUCCAGAGAUUGCAUUUGCAGGAAGGUCAAAUGUCGGGAAGUCAUCCCUUCUUAACGCACUCACUCGACAAUGGGGUGUUGUACGGACAUCAGACAAGCCUGGCCUUACACAGACGAUUAACUUCUUCAAGUUAGGACCAAAGCUUUCCCUGGUUGAUUUGCCAGGAUAUGGAUUUGCAUAUGCAAAAGAAGAAGUGAAAGACGCUUGGGAGGAGCUUGUGAAGGAGUACGUUUCCACAAGAGAGAGUCUCAAACGAGUAUGCCUUCUGAUUGAUACAAAAUGGGGUAUGAAACCAAGAGAUCAUGAACUAAUUGAAUUAAUGGAAAGGUCAAAAACUAAGUACCAGAUAGUACUAACGAAGACCGACGUGGUUUUCCCAAUUGACGUGGCAAGGCGUGCCAUGCAAAUUGAAGAGAGCCUCCUGCAAAACAAGUCUUUAAUUCAGCCUCUGAUGAUGGUAAGCUCGAAAUCUGGGGCAGGCAUCCGAAGCUUGAGAACAGUUCUGGGCAGCAUAGCUCGAUUUGCCAUAAAAUAAAUAUAGCCAUGCUCAUUCUUUUGCUGUAGUAGAUGUCAUAUAUCUGAGACGGCACACGGGCAUAGUGACAUUUUUGUUUUGUUACCUAAUUUUGAGUGGUAAAUGGAAUAAAACCACUUCUCCAUGUAAACUGACAUUUUAAUCAUUUUUUUAGGCAUUCCAUUUUGUUAUUUAGUCAAAAGGAACGUGCGCAUGCAUGCUCUGCAGUCUGCAUUCCUUUCUAAUACGACCUGAAAUAGUUUCACCAUAUAUGGACAAGUACCAACCACUCCCAUCAGCCGCCCCCACCCAAUUAAAGGGUUCUAGUUAUUGUUUUAUUUUCUCAAGUGGGGUCUAGAGGAUUAGCCUUGAGUUGAAUAUCGUGUGAUGCGGUUGAGUGUACAUUUGUCACUAGUAUUUGAUUCUGUCUAAUAAUUAUUUUAUGCUAGUAAAUUAUUAUUUUAA